GGACGAGCUGCUGGUGUUCAAGGGCGUGUCCACUGCGUCCAGCAUGACUGUGUCUAUCUUCAGCCAGGAGACCAUUGGCCCGCAUAAGUUCCUUGGACAGGUGGUGCUGCCUCUGGUGGACGGCAGGGCGUUGAACCGCGAGCCCGGGUGGCACAAGCUGAGUCGGCGCACGGCGCAUGAGACGGUCAGGGGGAGCGUGUUCCUCUCCACGUCCUGGGAUGCCACGGAGCUCGAGCUCAUGGCGCUGCAGCUGCGCGCCAAGGAGGCGGAGCUGGACGCCUUGGAGGAGCGGCUGGCGCAGGAGAGGGAGGCGCGGCCGCGGGAGGCAGCCAUGGCAGCAGAGAGUGUGGCCAACCCGCACCAGCUGCACGCGCACCCGCCCGUCACCCCCGUGCGCACGCCUGGAGGCGGGCCCAUUCUGCGAAGGAUGUUCACCCUGAGGGGGCAGGGGGGGCCGGGGGUGCUUCCGGCUGGAGCCUCCAUGUCGCCGGGCGUGGCGCAGCAACAUACCGCCAGGGGGCAGCUCAAGGUGAAGGUGGUCGAGGCACGGCACCUGGCAGUGCCAGCAGAGUGGCUGCGCAUUGUGCAUCGCAUGCGCGCCUUUGCGGCUCUCUCCGUGGUGUCCGCGUCGGGCACCAGCACACUGCCCGUGAAGACGCGGGCCAUCAAGGGCAGCUUCUUCCCCAAGUGGAACGAAACCUUUGCCAUCAAUGAUGUCGCGAUCACCUCCUCUUUGCGGGUGCAGGUAUUUGAUAAGCCAAAGGCUGGGCAGCCCUAAUCUCCUGGGCGAAGCCACAGUGGACGUGACCAACUUCAAGGAUGGCUUACCACAGUACAUGCUGCUGACUCUGAAGCGAAGCGCAGGAAGAGAAGGGGAGCCGGAGGCGGUGGGCGGCAGCAUUCGGCUGCGAGUGCAGUGGAUGGUGGACCAGGGGAAGAAGACGGAGGAGAAGACAGGUGUCAACUUCGUGUUGAACCUGCGCGGGCUGACCCUGUCCAUAGUGGACCGUCUACCGCGGGAGAUAAUGCUGAUGCUGCUGGAAGACAUCUGCUGCUCCUGGGAGGAGUCGGUGAAGGAGGUGGCGGGCAAGGUGGAGGUGGGCAAGCUGCAGGUGGACAACCAGCUGCUCACCGCCCGCAACCCCGUCGUGCUCUCGCGCACCAUGGCCUUCCCAGGAGAGGCCCUAUUCCUGGAGCAGGGCAAGGAGCUGGCGAGCCAGGGCCAGGCGAAGCUGACCAGCAUGCUCAGCGGCGACCCCGCCGCCGCCAAGGAGAAAGAAAAGGCGUUUGUAUCCGUUGAGUUCACGCGGCUGCUGCAGCACCCGUCCAUCGUGUACUACAAGCACUUCCUCUUCCAGCUGCAGGAGUUCGACCUGCACUUAGAGGAGGACUUUGUGGAUACGGUGGUGGCGUACCUGCAGCAACUGCCCCUGGAGGACCUGUGGCAGGAGAAGGAGAAGGGGGCGGGGAGGAGGAGAAGCAGUCGGAGGAGGAGGACGCGCUGGAGGACAUGAGCGGGGCUCCCAUCGCCAAGUCCUUCCUGGCACGCGACACCACCGUGGUUUCAUACACUUCCCGCCGGCACUUAGUUAAGCCCGAGCAGAUGCUGAGCCCCUUGGUCAACCGCAGCAGCUGGGUGGCGGGCAACCAGGGCCUGCGAUGGUACUUUGAGCGCUUCCAGGUGCAGCCGAUGCGCAUCAACGUCACGCUCGUCAUGAACCCUGUCAAGGGCGACGCGCCGCCCCUCUCAGCCGGCAGCUCCGAGUGGCACGUCAGGACUGUCGCGUCCUCGGCGGGUUUCCCCCUGGUGUCGCUCACACGAGCACCUCUGAGACUCAACAGUCUGGUGCUGGACAACGCGUUUCAGAACCAGAACACGCUGCUGACGUACGUGCUGCGGCACUACGUGGUGCAGCUGCUGCAGGGGUUGCACAAGAUCCUCGGCUCCGUGGAGCUGCUCGGUGCUCCGCUGUCCCUGGUGGACAACCUCGCCACGGGGGUCAUGGACUUCUUUGUGGAGCCCGCCUCUGCCACCACGCCCGAGGAGUUUUUCAGUGGGGCGAUGAAGGGUACAGUGAGUCUGGUGAAGCACUCGUCGUACGGCGUGCUGCACUCCAUCAGCUCCCUCGCAGGCGGCAUUGGCAUUGGGUUCGCCAAGCUCACAUUCGACGACUCUUUUAUCCAGAGGUACAGCCAGCGCCCCGAAGGAGCUUCGCAGCAAGUGCUGCGAGGAGCGCAGGACCUGGGGCUCGGCUUCGUGGGGGCGGUGACAGGGCUGGUGCUGCAGCCGCU